GCGGCGAAGCGAGAGCAAACUAUUUCAGUCAUUAUUUUAACAUUUAAUACUGUUAACGGAUAUUCCGAAAUUUGCCAUAGUAUUUAAUUUAGGUUAUUUACGUUAAACUGGUCUUGCAUACACACGUGAUACGUUCAAAAUAGUUUUUUAUUUGCUGAAAGAUUUAAAACAGGUACAACGAAUCGCGUUCAAGGAUAAAGCGCAGUGGGAAUGGAUCGUCUUUUUUGCGCUACCUUCUUGCCGUUUGCCGUUAUGUGUUGUGCUUUUCUAUGGGAUUCUGCCGUGAGUGCUUUGAAAACUCGGAUAGAAGUGGACCGUUCAGGGGAAGAGUGUCCAGAAAACAAGAUUGUGACCAUUGAGUACCCAUGCCUCAAAGCAGAUGGACAAAAUGGCACCUGUCUCAGGAGGAAGUGCUGUGAGGGGUACAGGUUUGUGAUGGGGCAUUGCAUACCAGAAAGUGUGGAUGUGUGUGCAGGAUCGCCCUGUGAGCAGCAGUGCACUGAUAACUUUGGGCGGGUCGUCUGCACCUGCUACCCUGGCUUCCGCUUCGACAGGGAGCGCCAUCGCAGCCACCAGCACCCCUACUGCCUCGAUGUGGAUGAGUGUGAGGAGUCAAACGGCACUGUGUGUGACCAGCAGUGUGAGAACACGGCAGGCAGCUUCCUGUGCCUCUGCGGCAGUGGCUACAGCCUGGCGCCCGACCAGCGAUCCUGCGUGCCCAGCCACAACCUGAGCUCCUCAGGGAAGUCGGACACGCUGAUGAGCGCUGGGUCCUGCUCCCUGACCUGCCAGGACUUUGUCAGCAUGAGAAACAGUCUCCUGCAGCUCAAACUGAGGCUGGGCAGCACACAGCCCACUCAGGCUCUGUCUCCCGGCCUGGCCAAUAGCAGUGACAAGCCGUCGCAGGGCUGGGGAGGAAAAGGCUUGGACUCCCCCGCUUCGCCCGGCCCACCUGGCUCUCCGGGACCCCCUGGGGCUCCAGGACUAAAUGGAGAGCCAGGUGAGCAAGGGGAGCCUGGCCCCAGGGGACCUCCUGGCCCCCAGGGGCCACGAGGAGAUAUGGGUCCCAUGGGGCCCGAGCCAGACCUUAAUCACAUCAAGAGGGGCCGCAGGGGCCCAGUGGGACCACCAGGUGCUCCAGGAAGAGAUGGCCAAAAGGGGGACAGAGGUGUUCCUGGACCAAGAGGACCAGCGGGACCUCCCGGCUCCUUCGACUUCCUGUUGCUGAUGAUGGCGGACAUUCGAAACGACAUCAUCGAGCUACAGGAGCAGGUGUUUGGGAAGAGGCGGGGCAUCUCCGUGGAGGCUCCGCCCCAUUCCGGCGGUGAGACGGAGUUUGCCGAUUGGGGGUCCGGGCAAGAGGAGCACCUGUUCAAUACCUGACCGUGGGAGCUCCCGAGACAGCACCCUCCAGUGGACAUGGUUGGACUUGCACACAAACACAAGCCCAAAGUGGACUCGUCUCCUGUUCUGUGUUUGUCUUUCGAAUCAGGUCUUAAACAUAUACCCCUGGUGACGUUCGGCUGGAUGUAACAAUCCCUGGCAUUUUUCCAUCCUCUCGAGUAGCGGAGACAGAGACUGUGGAGAGAGAAACUGGAUUUCUCACUGCUCACGCCAAAUGUCACUGCCCUGUUACUUCACUCUUCAGCUGCAAGGGAAGGCACUAAAGACUGCCCCUCCUUAGAGCUGGAACCAAUGGCACCACAGCCUGCUUCUUAGCGUGGACCUCUCCUACACAUCGUCCUGGUACACUGCAUACUGAGCCAAAGCCUCCUCCAGUGCCUUUUUAUAAAGCUCAUUUACCUCCUCCAGAUAACAUUUAUAUAUAUUAUACAAGCACAUUAUUUGUAUUGCAGAAAAAAACAAAUGUUCUUAAAAACAAAUAUUAUGGUUUCAUAAGGACUACAUAACCAUUCCAGGAAUGCCUAUAUCAGCAACCACAACAAUUUAUAGGGUGUGUUUGUUCACCAGUGAUCUAAAUAUGCCGCUUUACGUUUCCUGAUGUAUUUAUGAAUGUCUGUGUAGUGCUGAUCACUCGCUGUGCUGUGCUGAUGAAGAAGUGAUAUUGCUUUUAUGAAGGACAGUUCAUAGAAAAUCUUUGAUUUUUUUUUUUUUUACACAGCAGAUUCAUAAGACUUGUCGUACACGUGUGCACUAAAUUAAAGUUUAACUAAUGAGUUUUAAUAAGAAUGGUGCCAUCAGCUAAGAGGGAUAAGCAAGCCUGUGAAUUGAGAGAGGAAUUUUUUUUUUCUUACCCUGAAGCUCAUAUUUCCUUUGAUAUUCUUAUGAAUGGCUCCCUGCGUUUAACUCUUGUAAAUACACUCAGUGAGGAAUUUAUUAGGUAGACCUGUACACCAGCUUGUUAAUGCAAAUAUUUAAUCAGCCAAUCAUGUGGCAGCAACUAAAUGCAUAAAAGCAUUCAGACAUGGUGAAGACAUUCAGCUGUUGUUCAGACCUAAUAUCAGAAUGGGGAAGAAAUUUUAUCUAAGUGACUUUGAUUGUGGAAUGAUUGUUGGUGCCAGACAGGGUGGUUUGAGUAUCACAGAUAGUGCUGAACUCAUGACAUUUUCACGCACAGAAGUCGAGAGUUUGCAGAGAAUGGUGCGAAAAACUAAAGACAUCCAGUGAGCAACAGUUCUGCGGUCAAAAAUGUUGUUAAUGAGAGAGGUCAGCGGAAAUUGGCCAGACUGGUGGAAGCUGACAGGAAGGUGACAGUGGCAUGCAGAAGAACGUCUCUGAAUAAACAACGCGUCAAACCUCUAAGUGGAUAGGCUAUAGCAGCAGAAGACUCAAUAAGUCUCAUACAUAUAGUAAAGUGCUCAGUGAGUGUAUAUUCUGUAAUUGUGUCAGCGGAAAGGCUUUGGUAUGGACAUGAAGUCCGUGUUACCACCACAGCAGGCUUCAGCACACAGCCUCUGCUCCCUGCGCUAAAGGUAGCCUCCUGGCGCAUGGCUUCGUUAGCGUGCUUCGCAGCAUGAUGAUUUAGACGUAAGAGUCGAUGUGCAAGUUCACACACCUCGGCGUAUGUGCAGCCGUGCUUGCGUGUGUGCGUUCGGGAAUGUGUGUGGGCUCAAAGAGUCGCGUCUUUAUUUUCCCUGCUUUUUUCCCCGUCAUCCGAGCAUUAAUGUUAACCAGGUCAAGAUGUUCGUGAACCAUACUGCCAGGGAACGUCUACUAAUCAGAAAUAAUACGUGUCAUUAAAUUAUAAAUGCCAAGAAUGUAAAUAGUUAUAAGCAGUGAAUAAAAUGAAGGAAUCACACAAA